UAAGAUAAGUUGUUUUUGUUCUCUACAAAAAGCGUGCCCUAUUGAAAGCAAUUUCUUUUUAGGAAAAAAGUAUGAAAAUAUUGAAAUCGAAUUGAGGCAUAAAGAUCUGGUCGGGCGCGGAGAGUUCACCCUUUCAUUCAAGCUUUCGUUUUCGAGAUGUCAGCGUAUGACAAUGUUGUUGGUGGGAAAUUGAAGCUGAAGGGAAAAGCACUGGAUGUGGCUGGUGGAGUGAAGAAGAAGAAAAAGAAGAACAAGAGAAAUCAAGAUCAACUUCUACAAGUCACCGAAGAUGAAAUUUCAGCAGGUGGAAAUACAGAACAAGCCAAAGAUCCUAAUGAUCAAGAUGUAAAUGAUGCAAACGAAUUAAGCGGUAAAGGGAAGUCUGCACAUUAUGAUGAUCACCUUACACCGGCAGAGAGGCGAUACAUAGAGCAGAGGGAACAACUUGAUGUUCAUAGAUUGGCUAAAAUUGCUAAUAAAUCUCACCGUGAUAGAAUUCAGGAUUUCAACCAAUAUCUCGCAAACAUGAGCGAGCAUUAUGAUAUUCCUAAAGUUGGUCCUGGAUGAUUCAUACAGCUGUACAAGUAUGAAGACCAAUCCUCAUCACUUGUAUGUGUUAGUUAAUAUUAAUGCCGUGUGUAUGCACAAUGCUUAUUGGCACUGCAUAUUCAUACUGUGUUGGACCAAGCUAUGCCCAUAUUUCAUAAUUUCGUAUCAUAGAUAUAUUUUAUUGCAUCC